UACGUCUCACCAGAUGACAUCGACAGAUGACACAAGCGAAGCUCUGCACAUCUGCAUAUGAGCGCAUUGCAUAACGUGUAGCUUGGUCCAACCAGCUGAGAGAUGAGGUCUCACGGCAGCUGCAGCUUCCUUCCUGCCGCAUCAUUGUGCAUUCCAGCAGGUGAUCAGGCAGUCACCAGGGGCGAUGGACCAAGGUCCGGUCGAUGCAGGUCCAAACGUGAACAGCGAAUAUGGCGAUGAUGCCCGCCGCGCCUACUCACCCGAAAAUGAUCGAGCGGCACCGCGUGCCAAAGGUGGAUUUCGAAGUGCUUCCAUGAGGCGGCAGGCAAGCCAGGCAACUUCACUAGACGGCCAGAGCAAGACUUCGGAAACGGCAGCUGCAGAUGCUCAACAACAGCUCGACGAUGGCACCUUCCAGUUAGCCGCAGACCAUCCCACUUAUGUGCGAGUCGGCGCCACUGCUGAAGAAAUCGCCACCCAAACCGCGCCCGAUGCUGACGAGCACCUGAGAGAUCCCAGCGACACCGAACAGAUCACCGACGAGGCCUCGAGACCUCACAGGAUGCAUAAGUUCAUCUUGUACGAGACAAACGCGCGCUACUGGAUCACUGGCGCCGACAUCACCGACAAGUAUUUUCGUCUCUUGCGCAUAGACCGCAACAGCCCGCCUGGCCAGAUCGCGCUGUUCGAAGAUGAGACUGUCUACGAUCGUCGACAAAUGAACGAUGUGCUCAAUACUAUCGACCAAGGCAAUCGGUCUACGGGCGGCCUGAAGAUGCGCUUCAGCUUUUGGGGCAUGCUGGGCUUCAUACGCUUCACCGAAGCUUACUACAUGCAACUCAUUACUAAGCGCAAGCAAGUUGCAAUGAUAGGAGGUCACUAUGUGUAUCAAGUGGAGGGAACCGACCUCAUCCCUCUAACUACAGGGUCGAGCAGCAAUUUCCUGCGCGACCGCAACCCAGAGGAGUCGCGAUUCCUGAGCAUUCUGAAUAACCUGGAUCUCACCAAGUCAUUCUACUUCAGCUACUCAUAUGAUAUCACACACUCCCUGCAGCGCAAUAUCAUCCGCCAGCGACAGGCGAUGAAUGAUGGUAUCGCGGUCGCGGCGCAUGAGUAUAAUGGCAUGUUCGUUUGGAAUUCCCACCUACUGAAGCCUGCAGUAAAUGCGCUGACACAUCCCUACGACUGGUGCUUGCCAAUCAUACACGGCUUUUUGGCACAAGCUGCUUUGGAUGUAUUCGGCCGGACUGUGUAUAUCACAAUCAUUGGCAGAAGGUCACGCUUCUAUGCGGGAGCUCGAUUUCUCAAGCGUGGAGUGAAUGACUUGGGAUACGUCGCAAACGAUGUCGAGACCGAACAGAUUGUAGCAGAAAAGAUCACCACUUCAUUCCAUGCUCCUGGUACCCGGCUUUUUGCUAAUCCGACAUACACCUCCUACGUUCACCACCGAGGCAGCGUGCCGCUGUACUGGAAUCAGGACAACAGCGGCGUCACGCCUAAACCUGGAAUCGACAUCAAUCUGCACGAUCCGUACUAUCAGCCAGCAGCUUUGCACUUUGACGAUCUUUUCGCGCGCUACGGAAGUCCAAUCUACUGCUUGAAUUUGGUCAAGUCCCGAGAGAAGACGCCACGUGAAUCGAAGUUGCUGACGGCGUACGAGCACUGCCUUGAGUACCUCAAUUCCUGCCUACCGGACGACAAGAAGAUUUUGUACAAAGCCUACGAUAUGGCGCGCGCCUCCAAGGGCCGCAAUGGUGAUGUGAUAGGUGGGCUCGAGAAAAUCGCACGUGAAGUGUUUGAGAAAACCGGCUUCUUUCACAACGGUGAAGAGGGGCGUUGGGAGCCCCAAGCACAGAAUGGGAUUGCCAGGACAAACUGUGUCGACUGCCUUGACCGCACCAAUGCGGCUCAAUUUGUCAUUGGCAAGCACGCGUUCGCGCAACAGCUGAAGUGUCUCGGGAUAAUCAGUGCAGAUGAGGUGGACUACGAUACAGAUGCCGUCAAUCUAUUCACGGCGAUGUUCCACGACCAUGGAGAUAAUAUCGCCAUGCAAUAUGGAGGUUCACAUCUCGUGAAUACGAUGUCGACGUAUCGCAAGAUGGGCCACUGGCAAAGUUCGAGUCGAGACAUGGUCGAGAGCUUCAAGCGAUAUUACCACAACUCGUUUCUAGACGGGCAACGCCAGGAAGCAUACAACUUGUAUCUGGGGAACUACAUCUGGGCACAAGGACAGCCAAUGUUGUGGGACCUGAGCACCGAUUAUUACCUUCACCACAGCGAUCCGAAGGCCUGGCUGGAGCGCGAGAGACGAAGUUACAUCAAAUGGUAUACACCUGAAUACCUAGAGCCACGUGCUGUACCUCCCAGGCUGCCGAACAAAAGACUCACGAAGGAGCUGCAAAGGACCGGAAUCGCAGCUUUUGAUGACUACUGGCGAGAGUGCUAUCGCCCGACAGCACUCUCGUCACUCGAGAAGGUCUACUCGUACAGGAUGGUAUGCACCAAUAAGACUCUGCUCCCAGAACGUUCAUCCGGCGAUGUCAAGUUCGAUUUCAGUCCCUUUGUGCGCCGCACGGAUCCUCAAAAACACCAUAAUGACUCUCCCGAGAAGCAAAAGCCUCGCAAAGGCGUGAAAAUCGUUGAUCCUCACGACACAAUUCCAGAGGAACCCGACAAUGUCCCUACAUCCCGUCCACAGACCGCAACUUCCUUCGACAACAAUGAUCUCCCCGCCGGCAUCCUCCGCGAACCCACAGUGUACAAACUACGCAGUGGCGACAACAACUAUGCUACGAAUCCCAUAAACAGCUCCGCACAAAUGUCAAAUGCCGCAAUCAUGAACUCUUCGACCACAACUGGCACCGGCACAUACAAGUCCUCGACAUCAUUCCAGCCGGCUGAUAAAGCGCAAAUGCACCUCUGGACUCUCAACCAAUUCCAUACGCAGUCGCUUAAUCCUCACGUCUCGGACGAUGAGGAACAGGAAUAUACAAGAUACAUCUCUCAUCCUACAAACAUACCUCUGGUUGUCAGUACCGAGCUGCCCGCAUCGGAUGCCAAUCUGGAUUACUUGGAAUAUGUUCAGAAGGCAGGCGGGAGUUUGUUUGGCGUGGAGCAGACGGGUGAUGAGGAGGAUGGCAUGGAAAGUUUGGCGAUCGGAGGAGAUGACGAUGUGCCGGGUGAAGGGGUCACUGAGGAGGACUUGCAGAGCUUUUGGGAAUAUCUGGAGAGGAAAGAGGAUCCUCUAACAGUGAGCGAGGAGGAUGGGGCGAAGAAGAGAUACAAGGCGUACAGGCAGUGGUUGAAGGGGAAAAGUUUAUUCAAGCAGAGUAAGGUUGAUCCGGAGUGGAGGGAGGGUGGAGUGGAGCGGUAGAAGAAGGGCGAGGAGGCAUUCCAGUCGAAGCAGA